GCAUUUUGCACACAAGAGAACCAAUGCGGAUGUUGGCAGAGUUGACCGAUUGAUUCGAUCUUUUGCCAUCAGCUCAAGAUUCCAAAGCUUGUCCUAGAGUCCCAGCACAGGAAGGAACUGAAGGACCCAUGGGCUGCUUGAUGGGUAAAGAAGACAUGGCAGGCCAGCCUCGCCCAUACAUGCCACAAGGCUAUGCUCAAUACGGCUACCCACAGCCCAUGUAUGAGCAGUAUGCGCCCGAACGUCCGUUUUGCCAAGGUACCAACUACCCACAACAGCCAUACGAGGCCUAUGGCUACGGAGCACCUCAACCAGGCUAUGGUGAGUGCCCUGCCCGUCCGUAUGGCAACUAUGGGGAUGCUUAUCAGGGAAACUACCCACCCAGUGGUUUUCCACCCAGUUACCCCAACUCCGCUCCCUACGCCCAGCCGGGCGAACCCUACGGGGAGGUGCCGAACCCCUCGGCCCGCCCCGGCAUGAGCAACGGCGCCAAGAUGGCCAUGGCGGCCGCGGGCGGCGUGGCCCUGGGCGCGGGGACCGCCUUCGCCGUGGACCACGCGGGGGAGAUCGCCCACUUCGCCGAGGAGGCGGUCGAGGACGUGGGCGACUUCGCGGGAGACGGCUUCCGAGACGUGGGGAAUUUCGUGCGGGACAUCUUCUGAGCAUUCUGAGCUUUUGGAACCCCUCAGCGAUGGGGAUGUACAGGUCAUCUCUUUGUACAGGCUCUGAUUUCUAGAGUCAUCCAGACGGUGAGUGCUUUCAAGCACACACCUACACACGUAUGUUGCAGUUUUAUAGUACAGUGCGCUAAGCCGCCACAACCAAUGCGAACUACGUGACAACUUUGAGCAAACAUGUCAGUUCUUGCCAAGAUACAA